AACAACUUAUCUAAAAACAGGUGUAAACAAAUAGUAAAUAUUAUUUGCAAUAUUUAGCUAAUAAUAAGAAACUACAAAAGCUAGAUAUUUGACUUCUAAAUAAUUAUUAUGAAAUUGUAAAGAUGGUUGUAGAGGGAGAAUAUUAUGACGGACCCUGUAAAUUAUUAGAAUUACCCCAUGAUGUAUUAAGAAUAUUAUUUUCUUAUUUAAAUGCAACUUCUCUUUAUCAUUUAAGCAGGACUUGUAAUUAUUUGGAGGAAUUUAUUUUGGAUCCUUUACUCUGGAGAUACGUAGAUGCAAGGGAUAACCCAAAUGUUUGUGAUAAAAUUCAUUAUUGUACCAAUAGAGUACAUAAGAAAACUACACAUUUGUAUUUAAGGGGAAAUCUGUGUAUAAAAGACUUACCAGAUAAUUUUUUUAUUAAUAUUAAACCUUUUGAUAACCUGAGAGUUUUGGCGCUGGAAAACAUUAAGUUAAAUGGAUCUAAGAUUUCACUUAAGGAUUUUCCUUCUGGAUUAGAGGAAUUAAGUCUGAGAAGAACAUAUGUGAAGAAUUCCACCUACUUUUUUCAACACACUGUAAGGAAUAUGCCAAAAUUAAAGGUACUAAUUUUAGAUGAUUGCUCAUGGGUUACUUGCAGUUUCCUUCUCUCUGUGGCCAAAUAUGAGGAUUUGGAAAUCAUUUCCAUAGUAAAAUGUCCACAAGUACAUGUGAAUAUGGUUCCAUACCUGAAUGUCGCAAAACUGGGUUGUAAAAAGCUGAAAGUUUUUGAUUGCAGGUUUACAGGUAUUGGUGGUGAGCUCUUACGAACGUUUUAUUCAAAACAAAAUCUUCAAAGAUUAUAUUUUCAAAGUUUCGCAUCUGCAAAAGUGGAUUACAACGAAAACGUUUUCGACUAUAUAAAGAAAAUUGAGAAACGAGAGGGAGAUGACAUGAGUAUAACCGAUAUACAUUUACGAGACUAUCUUUCGACCACUGCUAAGCCUAAAAACGAAGUAGAAGAAAUUUUUGAUAGUGUACUAUAUCGUGACCCCUAUCCAGAAUGCAUUUGUGGAGGGGAAGGGUUCAGAGAAGGGAUAAAUAUAAUGGAUAAAGAUGGCAACAUCCCCGAAAAAGAUCUGAUUCAUUUCUCUUUGGGACAGUUGGAGUAUAGAUUUAUCUGUGGUAAACAUUUACAAGAUUUCAUAACAUUACCUACAGAUUUUAAGAACUUUUAUCAGCAGCAGUUAGACGCAAACUUGGAUUCCGAUUCCAGUACAGAUAAGGAAGAUGACGAAGAUGACGACGAACCUGAAACUUGCUGCCACUACGCCAAUAGCUAUGUGAGCACUACCAAUAACCUGCUUACACCUAGUACGCAUGAUCGGACACCCUCAGCGCGCGAAGAAAUGACUCUUCCAAACGAAGGAGCGAGAAAUCAAUCGUUUCCAGGGCGUAUCCGUGUUUUCAAGCCACAGAGAGAGGUCAAAGUUAAACGUAAGAAGCAGAGUUUUAGAUCGAAUGAUAAUGCUUUUAGACCAUAUGUACAACAUUCUUCGAUGGACAAUAACAACGCAAGCAGUUCCAAAAAACGAACCCAUGAUCAGAGUGAUGACAUCGACCAUUACAAGCGAGCCCAUAACCAGAGCGAUUGCAAUAUACGAACCCACGAGCAGUGUGAUAAUAGUAGCGAUAUGAAUAAACCUACCCGUGAGCAGAAUGACAAUGAAAACAAUUCGAAUACACGAACCCACGAAAGGAGCGAUAUUGAAAGCGAUUCCAACAAACAAACACACGAACAGAGCUACGAUAGUGACAGCUCUAAUAAAAGAACCCAUGAACAGAGCGGUAGUGGUAGCGGUUCCAAUAAACGAAGUCAUGAGCAGAGUGAUAGCGGUAGCGGUUCCAAUAAAUUAUCCCAUGAGGAGAGUGAUAAUGAUGACGAUUCCGAAGCAACAACUAGCAAGAAGCCUAAGAGAAGCCCAGGUCCGUUUGAGGCUCUUCAACCAGAGACACAAGCACAGUUGAUCGAUCAUCUGAUAGAAAGCGCCGAUGAUAUUAGUUCGAAGAUAAAUAAAAUAAUGACGAGCAACAUACGUAGAGGAUUGGAUCGUAUAAUCAUGCGUCAAAAUGAGCAGGAACAGACUGAAAACGCUAGAAAAAUUGAAAGGGAAAAUCAACCCUCGACUUCUAGAGAUACAAAUGGUGUAUCGUCGUCGAGUCCAAGCACGUCUUCCGCAAAUAGUGACGCAGAGAACAGACCCUCAUCCUCAAAAGCUAGGGCUCCAGAAGGUGAAAAAAAUAGUAAUAAUGUGUUGGAAGGUCUUAUUGUCGUCACCGAAGCAGGAAGACCACAUAUAGAAAUCAAUCCGACUGGACCAAGGGUUCAAAUAAGGUGUAUAAAUUUUCCUCGAGAAGAUAACGAUCGAUGGAAGAUUAAGUGGAAAAUUCCUUUGAGGCGACUAUCAUUACGUGGAUAUAAAAAAAUUAGUGAUAAUACCUUGAACUAUCUCAAAAAUUUAGAUAUAGACUUAAUAGAUUUAACAUAUACUAGCGUGUCCCAAAAAGGAAUUGAAAAUUUUUUGGUUCAUAAUCCAAACUGUAGAGUGAUACAUCCUUUAUAUUGCGUAUGCAAACCCAACAACACCCUGUAUUAAGGAUGUCAGUAAUUAACCAUACAUUUUUCAAUGAAUUGUACUAUAGUAAGAACGUUUUCUACAAUUUUGCUUGUUAAACAUUCAUAAAAUAAAUU